AAACCCCUCAUUACGCACAUUAGUGGUUUAAUGAUUUAAAUUAGCCAAUAUUAAAAUAAACUUAUUAAUAAAGAUCAGAAAAGUGCUAUAUAUAAUGCAAAAAUGGAUCACAUUCAAAUCAUAAUUGCUUCUUUAUCAACACAAGAAGUAGCAUUCUUAUUUUAUUGUGAAAAUGAAGUACAACCUGGAAGUAGAAGGAAUCAGUUUGUUUCCAAAAGAAAACGCAAAAAAGCACAGGACUUACAAAUAUGAAACUGUUCAUGAUGAUGAAAAUCCCACAGCAGUUCUACGAAGAGGACAAACAUUCAAAAUGCAACUCAAAUUUUUUAAUGGAUCGUUCGAUGAAAAUAAGGACAUUGUCAAAUUAAUUUUCAACUAUGGUUCGAAUCCUAAUGCUCUAAAAGGCACUCAAGGAGUUCUAAAAGUGGAUUUUACCGGAAAGAUUUGUGCUGAAAAUACUGAUUGGUCCUGUGAAAUUCUUAAAAAAGACGACAAGUGUUUAAGUUUUGAGGUAUGCACUCCGCAUAAUAUUCCCAUUGGUCUUUGGAAAUUGCAAGUUAGAACAUUAAAGCCUGAAACUACCCCUGAGAAAUUUGAUUACGUCAACGAUAUUUAUUUCUUGUGCAAUCCUUGGAAUAGCCACGAUUCAACAUAUAUGCCGGAAACGAAAUUGUUGGACGAGUAUGUGUUAGCUGAUGCCGGUAAAAUAUGGGUUGGAAGUUCCAAUAACCCUGGGUCGAGAGCAUGGGUUUUUGGACAAUUUGACGAUAUUGUUUUGCCCACCAUAAUGAUGAUAUUUAAUAGAUCUAAAAUGCCACAUUCAAGUCUUGGUGAUCCAAUUCAGAUAUGUCGCAUGGUAUCCAAAAUGGUAAAUGCCAAUGAUGAUAAUGGUGUUCUUCUUGGUAAAUGGAGAGAUUUUAAAGAUAAUGAUGGUACCCUUCCGUCAGCUUGGACCGGUUCAGUACCAAUUUUGCAGGAAUAUUACGACACCAAGACACCUGUUAGAUAUGGCCAAUGUUGGGUUUUUGCGGCCUUAGUAACAACAAUAUGUAGAGCAUUGGGAAUUCCUUCCAGAGUAGUUUCAAACUUUGACUCUGCCCACGAUUACGACAAUACUUUCACGAUCGACAAUUUUUAUGAUGAAAACAACAAAUUCGACGACGGUAAAACUAUCGAUAGCAUUUGGAAUUUCCACGUUUGGAAUGAUGUUUACAUUGCGAGACCGGAUCUUCCUUCCGGUUACGGAGGAUGGCAAGCUAUUGACGCCACUCCACAGGAACUGUCCGGUGGUUUUUAUCAAUGUGGACCAACGUCUUUGGAAGCCGUAAGAAAGGGAGAGGUUGGUUACAACUAUGAUACGCACUUUUUGAUUUCUACGGUCAAUUCUGACGUGGUUCAUUGGAAGGAAGAUCCUACAUCUGAAAUUGGCUAUUCCAGAAUUUAUUCAGAUACAAGGGCUGUUGGGCGAUUUCUUUUAACUAAAAAACCCAUGGUCGAUGACCCAUAUGGUAAUGAGGAUUGUGAGGAUGUGAUCAACCAGUACAAGAUGCCCGAAGGCACCAAAGCUGAACGAUUGCAACUGUUUAACUCAAUAAGACAUAAUCCUUUAGCAAGAAUAAGGUGGGAAAUGCCACACACUGAAAUUCGCGAUGUUGAGUUCAAAUUAAAGAACUUGGAAAAGGUAAAAAUCGGAGACGGCGUCGACUUGAUAAUUAAUAUUGAAAACAAAAGCGACCAAGUCCGUACUAUUAAUGCAGUCCUAUCCUCUGGCAGUGUUUACUAUACCGGAGUAAAAUCUCACACCAUCAAAGAGUCCCAUAAAGAGUUGAAAAUGAAACCACAAUCAACAGCACAGCUGUCUAUGACCGUAAAAUCUGAUCAAUACAUGGACAAACUGGUCGAGCACGGAAUAAUCAAGUUGGACGCUAUCGCCACUGUAAAAGAAACUGGCCAAACUUGGCUCGGCAAAGACGACAUCCAAAUCAUCAAACCCAAAAUAAAUAUAAACAUUCCUACGGACAUUAUAGCUCGAGAACCUACUUUGGUAAGGCUAUCAUUCGUUAACCCCAUGAAGAAAUGGCUUACAGAUUGCAAAAUCAACGUGGCUGGUUCCUCGAUGUUAAGAAAUCAAGUGGUGCGUUGUUCCGAUGUAGGUCCUGGAAAAAAUGUGGAAGUUGAUGUUACAGUGGUCCCGAAAAUCAAAGGAGAGUUGACACUUGUCGCCACUUUUAGCUCCAAUGAGCUAUUUGAUAUUUCAGGCUCAGUUAAAGCCACAGUUAAACCCAAUAUUAUAUAUACUCCUAUAAUAAUGGCAUAA